UUUAAAUCGUGGUAGUGGUGGUAGUGUGGUGGUAGCAGCUGCUGCACAGUGCACUGUUAUCAUUUAGUAAAUAAUAAUACAACUAGCUUGCUCCGUACGACCGUACCAUAGUAUAAGAAAUAUAUAAUAAUAAUAUAUAAUAUUAUACUAUGCUCCGUACAUCGUUGAAUAAUAUAAUACACGUGUCUCGCGUUCUUGCCUUAUAUGACAAUAUUGUUUGAAACACGAAACAUAUUAUUAAUAAUUUAAUUAGUUAGAUUAUUUAGAAUUGUGAUUUUAAUCUCAAAAAGUUUUUCAUUGAGACAUUAACCAUGAAAAAACGAAAAACCAUAUCGUUCAUAUCUGAUUAUUUCAAAAAUAAUACGCCAAGUACAAGUACACAAUCAGAUACAUAUACAUUGUUGGAGGAAUCCGAGGUAGACAAUCCUUUACCUUAUUCUAGUGUUUCAUCUAUUACAACAGAUUCAACUGAAAAUUCCAACUCUGGUGAAACUGAACCGUCCAAAUCUAACUUCCAGUCAUUAUUACCAUGUAAUAUGGAAACAUCGGAAACAGCAUCUACUGGUAUGAACACAUUUUCUAUCCUAAUGAUAGGUAGAAAUAAUAUUAUAAUAAUAAUAAUUUGUUAUUUUGUCUAUGUUCUAUGUUGGGUUUACUAUUUGUGUUCAAUGUUUCAAAAUUGUUAUUAUGUAUAUUGGGUAAAUAAAUAUUGUAAUUUUUCACUUUUGUAGUAACCGUUAAUCAAUAAACUUUAUUACUAAUUAGUUACAUUAGUUAUACCUAACUGAUAAUAUUUGUGUUGAUCAAUGUUGUAUAUUUAUGU